GCGGUGGGACUGGCAGCGCUGGCUGCAGAGCUGAGGAUGGCUGAGCCCGGCUUCUUCCCGCUGCUGGUCGAGGGGUCCUGGGGCCCCCAGCCGCCGAAGAACUUGAGCGCCAAGUUGCAGAUGUACUUCCAGAGCCAGAAGAGAUCGGGAGGCGGAGAGUGUGAGGUUCGUCCGAAGCCUGAGAACCCGGCCAGCUUCUUGGUGCUCUUCUGCUCGCAGAACGUUCGGCAGAAAGUUCUGGAGAGCAAGAACCACGAGUUAGUGUGGCCAGGAAAAGGAACAUUUAAGUUAACUGUCCAGCUGCCCCCAGCCCCAGAUGAAGUUCAUGAUGUAUCUGAGGGGGAAAUUCCAACAAAGGAAUCCAAGACCAAAGACGAUGCCCAAGAACCAGAUGUGUCAGAAGAUAUCCCAAGAGAAUGUGAAAAUAUUCCCUCUUUGAUUGCCUUUGAAAAUAUCAAAGAAAAUGUGACUGACAUCAUGUUAAUCUUGUUGGUGGAGAACAUAAGUGACCUGUCCAGUGAUGGUUUUCAAGUGGAAGUAAUCAGAGACUUUGAAGUUGCCGUAGUUACCUUCCAAAAAUAUAUAGAUCCUGUUAAAUUUGUUGAUGAUUGUGCCAUGCACCCGUUGGUGAAACAGCUUCAGCUUUCUCCAAGACUUCUGGAAGUGACAAAAAAGAUCAGGGUCGAAAACCUGCCGCCUGGGAUUGACAACUAUAAUUUGAAAUGUUUUUUUGAAAAUCCUCAAAAUGGAGGGGGAAGAGUUGUCAAUGUUGAAUAUUUUCCCGAAGAGAGUUCAGCACUGAUUGAAUUUUUCGACAGAAAAGUGUUAGACACCAUCAUGACCAAGAAACUUGAUUUCAAUAAUAUGCCGCUCUCUGUGUUUCCAUACUAUACAUCUUUGGGCACAGCUUUGUAUGGAAAGGAGAAGCCUCUGAUCAAGCUUCCAGCACCAUUUAGAGAACCUUUGGAUCCUUCUUUAUGGAAGUUCUUACACAAAAAGAAUCACUUGAUUGAGGAGAUAAAUGAAGAAGUGAGAGGUUGCCACUGUGAGCUAACAUGGUCCCAACUCAAUGGUGAAGUUACCGUCCGACCUGCAGCCACCUUAGUCAAACAAGGAAGAAAAGGAAUCAAGAACUGGAAGAAAGAUGCUUCCACAGUGUUCUGUGGCAUCAGGUCUAGAUAUAAAGUUACCCCGUUUAAAGUGGACCCAGUAGUGUGGGACACCAUAAAAAACGAUAUAGAAGAUGAAAGACUUUUGAUUGAGUUUAAUACAAUUACGGAGACUGUAACUUUAGCAGGGAAAUCAGAGGAUGUGCAAAACAUUGAGCCACAAAUCAAGGAAUUAAUAGAAAACACCAUUCAAAAAAUUAAAAGAGAAGAGCAAAGUCUGAAGGAAAAAGUGGCCAUUUCUCCAGCAAAGUAUUCUCUUUUGCUCUGCAGCGGUGUUAAGGAGCGCCUCCACACAGAGUACCCAGAGCUGGAGAUUUUUUAUGAUGAAGCCACUCAACACAUGUGCUUUAAGGGACUCGGUGUAGAUGUGUAUAAAGUAAAGUGUGAAAUCCAGGAAAAGGUGUACACCAUGGCUCAGAAACGCAUUCAGCUUCCCCAUGAGGUUUUCCAGUUUUUGCAGCAGGUCAGCUGUGCAGAAUUCUCUAAGUCUUUUUUCAUAGCACAGAAAAUCCUUGCAGUUUAUGAGCUAGAGGAUACAAGUGUUCUCUUAACCAGCUAUUCUUCUGAAGUCCUGCUAGAAGCUGAAAAGCAAAUGGGCAGUGCCUUAUGUUAUAAGUGCAUAGACAUUGAAGACAGGGAAGUUCUUAAUGGUAAGAAGUGGAAAAUGAUCACUAGCAAUUUGCUUAAGAAACAUAAUUCCUCUUCAAAGACUGUAAUAAUCAGUGACUUAACUUCAGAAACCACACCUGAGGUCAUUAUUGCAGGCUGUGUGAAAGAAGUACAUGAGAUCUACAGCAUCCUUUCUGACUUUGUGGGAAAAAACAUGAAAAUAGAGAGAUUUUUAGCAAUAAAUUCUCCCUUAGUUAUUGAUUAUUUAAAGGCAGAGAAGAAGCUGUUCUUACAAAAGAUGAAGCUAAAGAAGAUAAAUGUUCAGGUGGAUUUCAAUCCUGGGAGAGAACCAAAAGGCAUUUUACUCACAGGCUCAAAGGCCGAAGUCCUGGAGGGAAUGGACAUCCUCAAGGAGGCCAGGGAUUCAGUUUGUGUUAAAAGCGUCUGUAUUGAUAAGCCAGGAGCCAGCCAGUUAUUCCUGGAUAGUCCAUGGUAUUAUAGACGUGAGGUACGGUUACUUGGCUGUUUUGUGGAACUACUGCAGAAUAAAGAAAGGGAGGGAGGUGGCGCUGAUGGGCAGAAGUGCUUAUCUCGGACAGUUUUGGCCCCCGGAGUCUCUCUGAUGGUACAGCAAGGCAACCUGACACAGUUUCCUGUUGAAGUGGUGGUGAAUGCGGCAAAUGAGGACCUCCGGCACAAUGGGGGCCUUGCCGCUGCCCUUUCCAAAGCAGCUGGCCCCGAGCUCCAGGCAGACUGUGAUCAGAUAGUGAAGAAAAAAGGCAUGAUCCCACCUGGCCAUGCCACUGUCUCAAAAGCAGGAAAGCUCCCGUAUCGCCAGGUCAUCCACGCAGUCGGACCCAGGUGGAAGAGGGAUGAUGCCCUGGGGUGUGCGCUCCAGUUAAGGAAAGCUGUGAAGAAAAGCCUCCAUUUGGCCGAAAAACUCCAGUACCGAUCCAUAGCCAUCCCUGCCAUUAGUUCUGGAGAAUUUGGCUUUCCCUUAUCUCAGUGUGUGGAGACCAUUGUUUUGGCAGUCAAAGAAACCUACCAGUAUAACUGGGAUGGACACACCUUGAAAGAGAUUUACCUUGUGGAUACAUCUGAGAAGACUGUUGAGGCCUUUGCCAAAGCGGUGCAAACUGUAUUUAAAAACACCAUGCCUGGUACUACCUCCCAGCCCAGUUUACCGGCCGCGGUCCAGCCAGCCCUGAGAAAAGAUGACGGAAGGAGACCGAUGCUGUUGUGCCCAGGCGGCCUGAGGAUCCUGCUGGUGAAAGAAGAGGUGCAGAAUGCUACGACUGAUGUUGUCGUCAACUCCAUUUCUUGCGAUCUUGAGCUUAAUCAAGGGCCCCUUUCUCAGUCCCUCUUGGAAAAAGCUGGGCCAGAUCUCCAGAAGGAAUUGCACAGAACUGAACAAGUGUUCCCUGUUGAUGUGGGCACGGUUCUCCAAACCAGUGGUUGCAAUCUGCAUUGCCACCGAGUGCUCCAUGUGGUGGCUCCGCAAUGGAACAACACGUCUUCAUGCAAGAUCAUGGAAGACAUAAUCAGAAAAUGUUUGGAAAUUACCGAAAACUUGUCCUUAAAAUCAAUUGCAUUUCCAGCCAUAGGAACGGGCAAUUUGGGGUUUCCUAAAGAUGUUUUUGCCGAAUUAAUCAUUUCAGAAGUGUUCAAAUUUAGUAGCAACAAUCAACCAACAGCUUUACAAGAGGUUUACUUUCUACUGCACCCAAAUGACCACGCUAAUAUUCAGGCAUUUUCAAAUGAAUUUGACAGAAGGGCUAAUGGAAAUUUCAUCAGUGACAAAAUUCCCAAGGCUGAGAAUACACAAGGUUUCUAUGGGGCUGUUACUAGCCCUGACUUAGGAGUGCAUGAAAUGAAAAUUGGUCCCAUCACCUUCCAGGUGGCCCCUGGAGAUAUUACUAAAGAAGAAGCAGAUGUGAUUGUUAAUUCAACAUCAAAGACAUUUAAUCUCAAAGCCGGAGUCUCCAAAGCAAUUUUGGAGCAGGCUGGGAAAAAUGUGGAAAUGGAAUGUUCUCGCCUAGCUCAACAGGGCAACAAUGGUUAUAUAAUUACUGAAGGUGGAUUCCUGAAGUGUAAGAAUAUUAUUCAUGUCAUUGGCGGAAAUGAUGUCAAGAGAUCAGUUUCCUGUGUUUUGCAAGAGUGUGAAAAACGGAAUUACUCGUCCAUUUGCCUCCCAGCCAUUGGGACAGGAAAUGCUAAACAAGACCCAGACAAGGUUGCUGAAGCCAUAAUUGAUGCCAUUGAAGACUUUAUCCAGAAAGGAUCAGUCCAGUCCGUGAAAAAAGUUAAAGCUGUUAUCUUUCUACCUCAAGUACUGGACGUGUUUUAUGCCAACAUGAAAAAAAGAGGAAGCUCUCAGCCUUCUUCCCCACAGUCUGUGAUGUCUAAAAUUGCAUCAUUUUUUGGCCUCUCAAAACCAACCCCUAAAAAACAAAAGACUUUGGUUUUGGAAAAUAAAACAGAAUCAGCAAUUUUUCAGGUGUGUGGUGAAAACGAAAAAUGUGUGGAUAAUGCCCUCUCCUUGAUACAGGAUCUGAUUAAAAACAAACAGAGUCUUUAUACCAGUGAAGAGGAAUGUAUCAAAGACUUUGAUGAAAAGGAACAUCAGGAAUUGAUUAAGCUGCAGAAGAACCUGAAUAUUGCCAUAUGCUUGGACACUCAAAGACCUUUGAUUGAGGUCACAGGACUUAGCAGAGAUGUGGAACAGGCUAGAAAUGCAAUUGAGGAAAUGAUCAAGACAGUUAGAGUAGCCAAAGAGCAGGAAUCCAGAGCAGACUAUGUCAGUGAAUUUGUAGAGUGGCAAUAUAAUGACAAUAACAGUUUUCAUCACUUUGACAAAAUAACCAAUCUGCAAUUGGAGGAAGCAAGAAAAAGACACGAAAAUACAGUUAAUGUUGAAAUUAAUAAUCAGAGAUACACUGUGGACUUGAAAGCAUACACCGCUACCGAUGCAAAGGGACACAGUUUACCUCUUCAGCGCUUCACAAAAUCUGAAGUUGAGAUCCCUGCUCACUGGAGUGAUAUGAAGCAGCAGGAUGUCUGUCUGGUUGAGCUACAGCCUGGUCAUGCAGAAUACGACAAAGUGGCAAACGCAUUUAAUCAGACCUGCUCACAAUUCAGUAUAAAGAAGAUUGAGAGAAUCCAGAAUCCACAUCUCUGGAAAGCCUACCAGAUCCAGAAAAAAAACAUGGUUGAGAAGAAUAAACAUAUACAGAAUGAGAGGCUGCUCUUCCAUGGGACAGAUGCUAACUCGUUGCCACAUGUCAACAAAAAUGGUUUUAACCGCAGUUAUGCUGGAAAGAAUGCUGUGGCAUAUGGAAAGGGAACCUAUUUUGCUGUCAAUGCCAGUUAUUCUGCCAAUAAUACAUACUCCAAACCAGACAUAAAUGGGAAGAAGCAUAUCUAUUAUGUGCGAGUACUUACUGGAUUGUACGAACGUGGAAAUCAAUCAUUACUUGUGCCUCCUCCAAAAGACCUUCUAAAUCCUACUGACCUGUAUGACACUGUCACAGAUAAUGUGCAAAAUCCAAGUUUAUUUGUGGUGUUUUAUGACAACCAUACUUACCCAGAGUACCUCAUUACUUUUCAAUAACAUUUUGGAAUCCUUCACAGAAGACGUUAUUCAUCUCUACCAGUGGAUUAUCAACCUUUUUCAUCUCUCAGCACACAUACACUAAUUACUAAAAUUCUGCGGCACACCAAAAAAAAAAAAAAAAAUAUAUAUAUCUAUUUUGCUGAUCUGACAAAAGAAGGUAUAAUUUUGAGUCAUUCACACCAGAGGCUAUUGUCAUUGUUUUUGUUGUGUUGGCUGUUGUCAUUUUUUUUGACAGUCUAAGGGAAAAGAGGUCUGUGCCCCUGACUAAAGAGCCAGGUAUUUAAUGUUUUAAGAAGUCUUGUGGCACACUGGUUGAAAUUGCUGAUCUGCAUAUCUGUGUAACUAUAAAAAAAGUUUUAGAUUUUUUUCCUCUUAACAGCUUUUUCUAUGAUCAAAGGAUCCUUGCCACUGAAAUCAGGCUUUCCUCAGUUUCUCUUUCAUAGCUAGAGUGAACCAUUAUUGAAAUCAGUAAACUUGAGAAUUAAACUAGGUAACUUAGUUACAACUGUGUGUCCACAACCAUGGACAUCAAAUAUGCAGAAGAAAAGAACAGGUUUAUACAUUCAGGAAGGAGAGAAUAACAUUAAUCUUACAAGCAGAGGGCACAGCUGUGCAAUUUCAGCUGCCUCUGAAGGAGACAGCUGGUAUCACGUCAGGAUGCCAUAUUACUGUGGGAAGCAAUCUUACUAAGUGGGUUGGACUGCUGUCUUUCUUCGGGGCAGAGAUGGUGUCUUAUUCAUUUUAUUUUUUAUUUCUGGACUGAGUCUGUGCCUACUGUCCAAUAGAUGUUCCAGAAAUGUUUCAUAAACCAAUUAAAAAUGAAAAAGCCUUGUCAAACUCCUACUCAAGUAGGAACCAUUUCUUCAACAUCCUUGACUUAUUGUCACGUUGCCUCAAAUUGAACAAAUUCCAUGACAAGAAAGUGUUUUUCGUGACCCAGGCCAUGACAUAGGAGCUCCAGUCAAGACUCUGGGAUUGCAGUGCUGCUGCGCCCUGCACAGCCCAGGAGCUGUGGUCAAAUGACUUGUGUCGAAUGGACCUGUGCAGCACAGCAGCUGUGGCUCCUGUUAGGUAGAAUAGGUAGUAAACUAAGGCAGGGAGGAGGAGGAGGAAGACCUGCCUCACCUGUUGACUCAGCAAUCUGGAGCCUGGUCUGCUAAGAUUGCUGGGUGUUCCAAACAUCACAAGCACCGGUAGUGCAGGAUGAGCAGAGUCCUUGAGACUGCUUGGAAAGGGAGCUUCUGUAGCAAUUGCACUAAGAUGAAGAGCCUUUAGAAGCCCAGAAAGAAAGCCUUUGUAGCUGUACAUUAUUCCCAAGGUUUGCAAGGGUAAGGAGGGGAAUCUAGCAGCUGACUAAAGCGUAUACCCCUGAAAUCCAGUGGUUGGCGCACUCAGAUUAGCUGAGUGUCCACUUGUAGUCUCAGCUCUUGUGUAGAAAAAACUGUUAUUUCCUUUGU